GGAGUGGAAAGAAAGUAAAUUUUGUUCAGUAGCAUAUUUAGUUUGAGCAUUCGGUUGUCUGUUGAUGAAUGAAAAUAGAAAAACGCAAAGAUGAUGCGACGCUAGUCUGACAAUGUUGAUAGCAUCAACAUUAUAAACGACAUCAACAACGACAACAACAACAACAACAACAUCAGCAAAAUCAACAACAUCAACAACAACAUCAACAUCAGCAACAACAUUAACUUAACAACAACAUCAACAAAGACACCGACAUAACAUCAACAUGAAAAACCCAACAACAACACAAAACACCGACAAAGAUACAAAAGUCCCGGCAGAUGCCAAAUACACCGACACGAGUCACAACCAAACGUCGGGCCACAUCACAGACUGCAGUACAAAUACCGUAAUACCGAAUAUUUUUCGAUACCAUCCAUGGUAUAGCGCUUUACUUUUCGUCCUGUUAGCCUCAUACGUGUUGAUGAUGGGUACUGUGGUUUAUGCGGUCUUGAAAGUCGAAAAGUUACAGAGGGUUGUUGUUGGCGUUUCAGCUGAUGUUGACGUACUAAAAGAACAAGCGGAUUUUAUAAAAAGGAACAACGAUAUAGAUUCUAAUAAACAACAUCAACAACAACAACAACAUCAACAACAACAACACAACAACAACAACAAUUACAUCAAGAACAACAACAAUUACAUCAAGAACAACAACAUCAUCCUCUACAACAACAUCAUAAAACAUCGACGUCAUCUUGCAUAUGUUCACCAGGGCGCCAAAGGAUCCAGAGGAUAUCCCGGAUUUCCGGGUCCUGUCGGGUUUGAUGGACGAAAAGGGGAAAAAGGCGACAAAGGCAAUAAGGCAGUUGAAU